AGAACUUAAAAAAGUUGUAAAUCUUAGCUGUGUUAAUGCUCCGUGAUAUAAAAUAAAGUUAAUUUAAGUAUAAUGGGGACAGAAAUAGCAAUAUCAUUUACAUCUUUACGUAAUCAACUAGAAAAUGAAAAGAGUAGUUUGUUUAAAAUAGAUGAAAACAUUAAGAAAAUUGUCCAAACUUCUGGACGGUUUCCCAACGAUAGGUUUAAUCAAUCCUCACAUUAUAUAAGAGGUGGACAGCAAUCUGGCGGACGGAAUUCUUACUUGGACUUCAAAAAUCACAAGACCGACGAUCAAUUAGGAAAACGUAAAACUGAAACUAAAACGGUUUUUAGCAGAUUAUCAGUCAGAGACCAAGAUAGUGAUGGCGACGAUGACUUUCCGAGCGUCAAAAGGGCAAAGGUUCCGUCCGCGGUGUGCCGCGAGCUGCCAACAAGAGCGGCGGUGCUACGAGCACAAGGAGAUGAUGAGCAGGCAAGGACAAGGAAUAGAAGAAUAUUUGGAUCACUACUCGGAACCUUACAGAAGUUCAAACAAGAGGAAAUUGUAUUACAAACUAAGGAGGAAAAGAAGGCGCAAGUCGAACGUAAAAUAGAAGAACAGGCGAGAUUACAAAAGGAAAAAGAACAGAAAGAGAGAAAAACAUUAUUUGCUGAGAGAGAAAACAAGAAAGCAACAAUCAAAGCGCUAGAAGUGAAGAUGGCAAGAGUUGAAGAGUUUGAAAAAUGGGAGAAGUCACAAAAGGAUCUUGCAAACUUUAUACUGACAAAAACAAGACCACACAUUUAUUGGUUGCCUAAGAAGAUGACGGAAAAGGCUACAGAAAAGUUGAAUUCUAGCAGAAAAUACCAUGAAAAAUGCAUGAUCAAGAAACGCGCUGAACUCCAAGUGGAAUUGCAACGGAUAGAGCAAAGAUGUCUACGGCGUGGUCCAGCUACCAAAGAGAACCAAAACCAUUCAUCACACACACAAAGUAGAGAGGUUAAAAAAGAGAACAGAGAAGAUAGUGAGAACUCUUUGACUUUUAAGAAUGAAGAAGAUACAGGCAGAAAGAGAAACAAAUUUGCAAUGGAUGUGGAUGAGAAAGAGAGAGAAGAUAGCGAUGGAGAUGACAGACCUGAUGAAGUUAAUAAGGAUAAACCUGAGGAAGAUAUUAUAAAAGAGAAUGAUGAAAACAAAAUGGACACAAAUAGAGAACAGCAAGAAGUAAUUGAGGAAAAAGAAAUUGGAAACGAAAUUGCACAGUUGGAAGAAAAUACAAUUGUUGAGAGUGAAAGAGUAGUACAAGAUGUAUCAGAACAGGAACCUAUAGACAAAGAACAUUCCCAAUAGCGCAUGUAGUGACAAAAUCAAGUUGGCAAGAUGUUUUCUAAUAAAGUAAUAAGCAAUAUUUGAGUCCA